GCGCAGCAGGACGCGCGGGAUGCGUCGUAUACUUUUUACGAUCUCAUUUUAGCGACCAAACGUCUUCAGGAACCAUUAACAACGCGCUGGUGGAUUAGCUGUUUGGAAAAGUCCUCAGUAAACUUGUGGAUUUGGUCUUUGCCCUCAGACCUACAGCUCAACUCUGCUGUAUGAAGGAGUCUGCAUGUAACUUCUUGCUCCACUCUUUCCCUGUGUGUUUGAUUGUCUGCUUGAACCAAGAUGAGGCUGGCCACUCUGCUCUGCCUCGUCAGUGUUUUAACCUUCGGGGCUGAAUGCACUCGAAUUAUCCGGGACUCCCAAACCUCCCAAACCCCUGUAUCAGACCCCCCCUCCAACAUCACAGCUGUGGAACCACCUGCUCCCCCCAGCCGUCCCAAAGGAGCCUUCCCCCCCAUGUGCAUAAAACCAACGGAGAUCAAGAAUGCCUUUAAAUAUGUCAAUACAAUCGUCUCCUGUCUCAUUUUUGUGGUGGGAAUCAUUGGGAAUUCGACACUGCUCCGGAUCAUCUACAAAAACAAAUGCAUGAGGAAUGGGCCCAAUGUGCUGAUCGGGAGUCUGGCUUUGGGAGACCUGCUCUACAUCAUCAUAGCCAUCCCCAUCAAUGUGUUCAAGCUGCUGGCAGAAGAUUGGCCGUUUGGGGUGUACAUCUGUAAACUCAUGCCCUUUGUCCAGAAGGCCUCAGUGGGCAUCACCGUCCUGAGUCUGUGUGCUCUCAGCAUCGACCGGUACCAUGCAGUGACGUCAUGGAGCCGUGUUAAGGGCAUGGGGAUUCCUCUGUGGAAGGCGGUGGAGGUGACGUUGAUCUGGCUCCUGGCUGUGCUCCUGGCUGUUCCUGAAGCUUUAGCCUUUGACAUGAUGGAGUUCCCCUACAGAGGAACCAAGCUCAGGGUUUGUCUGCUGCACCCGGAGCAGACCACCAGCUUCAUGAAGUUUUACCGUAACGCGAAGGACUGGUGGCUGUUUGGGUUCUACUUCUGCUUCCCUUUGGCCUGUACUUUCAUCUUCUACACUCUGAUGACCUGUGAGAUGCUCAGUCGUAAAAAGGGGAUGCGCAUCGCCCUUAACGACCACAUGAAGCAGAGACGGGAAGUGGCCAAGACCGUGUUCUGCCUGGUGCUGAUCUUUGCUCUGUGCUGGCUUCCCCUUCACCUCAGUCGCAUUUUAAAGAAAACUAUCUACGACCAAAAUGACCCAAACCGCUGUGAACUGCUCAGUUUCCUGUUGGUGAUGGAUUACAUUGGGAUCAACAUGGCGUCUCUAAACUCCUGCAUUAACCCCAUCGCCCUGUACUUUGUCAGUCAGAAGUUUAAAAACUGCUUCCAGUCAUGCCUGUGCUGCUGGUGCUACAGGACCUCUCCUUUGGACAAAAGAGGUUCUGGGCGCAGUUGGAAAGGCUCAUGUCACGGAAACGGACUCGAUCGCUCCAGCUCUCGCUCCAGCUCCCAAAAAUACUCCUCCUCUUCGUAAAAAACAGGACUGACUUCACCUAUGAGAGAAACCACAGACUCUGGGCAGCCCCAAACUACCAACCCAACGAUAUAGGUGAAACUGGGGUCUACUAUAUUCAAAAAAACUGCAUUUGAAACACUGAGAAGUAGAGCAAAGGACUUAAAAUUUCCCAGUGGACUUGCAAAAAAGACAUUGUAAACCACACAAGAAUUAUAUAUAUGAUCAACUUCUUAAUAUACAACCCAAAACUGACUCAACAUUCUUCUAUCUAUCAGAACCAGCAUUUUAACUUCUUCACCAUGUACUGCUACAGUUUCUUAGCUGUGGGACUGGACCAUGCAAGAAUGGCAAUCAUACUACAAUUUCUUGAAUGGACCAUUUUUUAUACUGGCCACUGCAAACCAGAAAUGACGCACAAGAACUGGGUUUUGGAGAUGUUCAGACACAGUUUUCAAGACAUCCAAUUUGUCUAACCUGCUUUAUUUUUUCACAGUUUCUCUAUCUAUAUAAAGCUACACUGCAUAAUAUUACUGAUGGACAGCACAACACCUGCUUGUCUCCAUUAAGAUGUUAUGUCUGGCUUAGAAUGCUCCAGAGUAUGGUAUUAAGCACAUUUAUCUCACAAUUACCAAUUUUUAUAUUGCUCAGAAAUGCAGGGGAGAUAGUAAAGUGUUUGUCCACUGAUGCUAAGGUUGGUGCUUCAAAUCCAGCUCCCACAGAUGAAUACUGUUGUUGUGUCUUUGGGCAAGACAUUUGACCCGCCUUGCCCCCAGUGUCUGUGUACUACACUGGUGUAUGAGUGUGCGUGUGUGAAUGGGUGAGUGGUUUCUUGACGUAAAGCAAUUUGAGUGCCUGUCCACGUGACAACAUUUUUUGGUCGAAACGGUGAAGUUUGUAUUCGUUUUGGCCUUUCAUUCACAUGGAGCCGAUGUUUCGGGUGGACGAAAACAGUGGAGUGGAGAAAUCUGAGAACGCCAGCGUUGCUUUGUUGUGUGGACAAGCAAACCACAGCUUUUGGAAAACGUUGACAUCCUGUCAUCUGCAGAGUCCUCCUGCUGCAGCCCUCGAACUAGCCUCCAUGGACGUCAAGACCAUUGCCAAAAUGGGACAGGUGUAGCCUACGGAGCCGCUCCCGUCACCCAGCAACCAAGACAUGCUGCUAGAGCUAAUGCACGCACCUUGCAGAUAACACACAUGGACCAAUAACAAAGAUUACUCACGGGUGAUCAAACUGUUGGAUUUUAAGACCAAGUUAUUCUAAUAAUUCUCAUCCAAAUUUUAUGCCUAAAAAUAAAAACUUAUGUUUAACUUUUGCAAAACAAAAUGGCUAUAUUUCUAGGAUACGUCUAAAAUAGGCAAAAUUACCUUAAAGUUAAAAUACAGGUGUGGCAGAUGAAUUACAUAAUUUUCACUCAGUGCUCCAUUGUCGUCUGGAUGUGAAUAUUUAUUGAUCUGACACGUGUGUGGACGCACAUUUUUUUCAACUCGCAAAAAUUAAAAAAUCCAGGAGUGUUGUUGUGUGGACAUAGCCUUAAAGAUGGAAAAUUGCUAUCUGACUAUUUACCAUACCAUGUAACUCGGACUAAUGGUGUUACUCACAUGCCUGUCUUUAUGUUUAAUGCCAUACUGUGGAACAUGCAAACAUGCAAAACAUUAACGUCACCAUGGAGUACU